AUGCGCAAUAUGCCAACCGAAGCAGCCAAAGCCUACGGGCCACUGGUACUGAACGACCCCGAUAAGGCUGCAGUGGAUAUCGUCCUUAUUCACGGCCUUGGUGGAGAUCGAACAGGAACCUGGACAGAGCGUACGGCGGAUGCCGAACGAAUACCCUGCUUCUGGCCCAAGGACCUGCUUCCCAUCGAUCUGCCCGACGCGCGCAUCAUCACAUGGGGCUAUGCCGCAGCAACGAUCAAGGCGCUGAAUGUUGUAUCGAUUGCAAACCCAACGCAACACGCGGAGAAACUCUGCUCAGAGCUAGCAAGCCUCCGAGUUGGUGUCGUUGAUCGCCCGAUCCUCUUUGUCGCUCACAGUAUGGGAGGUAUAGUAGUCAAGAAAGCUCUUCUCAACUCGCAAGACUCCAACAUCGACAGCAUCGCGCCAUUGGUAGACGAUACACGUGGUAUCGUUUUCAUGGGUACGCCUCAUUGUGGCUCGAAGUCGGCUGAUAUAGCCUCUUUCCUCGCCAAAAUCGUUCGCGCCUGCAUCUUUCAACAAGCCAACACUUCGAUGAUCAACGAGUUGCAGAGCCAGAACCCGCAGCUCAAUGAACUUCAGGACCACUUCCAUCGGUUGCUUGUCAAGCGCAUGAAAGAAGAUAGCGCCAUAGAGGUGCGCUGCUUUUACGAGACACUACCUUUGGCCAGACUCGGAGAUGUCGUCGUUCCAGGUUACUCGGCUGCUCCGCCCGUUUUCGAGGGUUCAGUGGCGGUGGAUGCGAACCAUAUCGACAUGACCAAGUUCUCGAAAGAGGGAGAUCAGACGUACAAGAAUGUACUGGCGGAGCUGCGGCGAAUGAUCGAGUUGACGAAGGACAAGCGUAGAGACGAGAAUGACCUCAGCAUGCAAAAAGGCGAAGUUACCCACGUCGGCAACAACGAUCGAGGUGCCUUGGCCAACUACGGAAGUCAGACCAUCGGUACGGGUAAUGGAGGCUCAACCCAUUACGGUAAGUGA